AUGACUUAUCAAGGCCAUUGCAAUUGCGAGAGUAUUCGCAUCACUCUUCCCCAGCAACCUCCGAAUACAACUGUUUGUCAUUGCGAUUGUUGCAAGCGAGCAGGCGGUGGUCGUGAGUAUAUCAAGGCUGAAGACUCUGGAAUGUACAUUUUGCUUACGGCCCUAGCAUUCUCUGUCAACUACUUUGUCAGCGAGGAUGAGAUGACCGUUGACGAUCCAAAUUCGGUACUGAAGAUUUAUGAAGACAAGAAGUCUGCCAGUGGCAAUACCGCGAAGCGUCAUUUCUGUUCCAACUGUGGGAGUCCAUUAUUUACCAAGACCCCCAAGGUCCCUGGAAAAGUAUUUCUUAAGGCUGUGCUGUUUGACAACGUUUCUCCUCCUAUGACCGAGGUGUUUGUCAAGAAGCAAUACCCGUGGAUGACAGAAGUCCCUACUCAGACUUCCGGCCCUAGACGACCAUCGGAUGUCGUGUUGCGGAACAUCCGACCGCGCAACAACAAUGACUUACAUCCCCACGAAGCGCACGAGCUCCAAGAGAUCCAAACACACGAAGACAACGAACUAGACUACUCAACGCCUUCUGCUUCAUCCGGUGAUGGAUAUCGCAUUGUAACGCGUCGCACCACAACACGCGCUCUCGCAUCGCGUGCCGAGACGCGACAGCGUCGCCAAGCUCGGAAGGGGGUUUGGGGAAAGAUUACUCGGCUGUGGACGCAUAAUGUGACUCUGACGGUUCCGCAAAAGAGUAGUCGAGACUAUUUUGCUUUGGAGAGGACCUUCCUCGCGUAUAUCCGGACGUCUGUUGCUGUUACUCAGCAUGGUGUGUUGAUAGCGCAGCUGUUCCGUCUGCAGGCGGCGGAGGCGUUGGCGGAUCGUCUUGGGUUACGGAAGGUCGGUACAUCUAUCUCAAUUACGUGUUACGGUGUGGGUAUUCUGGUGGCUUUGGUUGGGGCGUAUCGGUUUUGGAGGCAGCAAGAUGCUAUUGCCAAGGGUAGGAUUUAUGCUGGAGGUUGGGAAUUGAAUUCGGUGGGGAUAUUAUUGGGUUGUUGUAUUGAGGCUGAUAUGAACUCGUUUGUGUUUAUUCGACGAGUGUUGGGCAGGCGAGUGGGCCUGGAGAUACAAAUUUUUAUUAAUCCUGUCCUGGAAACUAGCCAUCAUCAGCAUUACAGCUUUGCUAGGUAA